UCCCUCCAUCACCCUCUAUUCCACCUCUCCUUCCCACAUACUCACUUUGCACACAAACAUCUGCCUCUCUCCACUCCUAACACAGGAGACCAGAUACACACCGGGACACGCACACAGAAAAAGCAUGUCUGACUCUGCAGGGGCUGUGGCUGCUAAUGUGACUGCACUACGGUGUGUUACCAUCGAGAUCCUCAACCUCACCGAUGGCUUCUACAUGCUCGACCCCAAGGUUUUCCUGGAGAGUGGGGAGAUGUUUGACCCCCCUCAACCCACCGUCAAGCGCCUAAAGACAGAGGUGUGUACCUUCACCAAGAACAUUGCCCUGGCAACGGGCAGUGUGGGUGUCCUCACCUACGACCUCUUCGACAAGACCAGCAAUGACGAAAAUCUGGCCAUCAUGUUCUCCGUACCUUGGGACAAUAUCCUCUACAAGAACUGGUUCGCCGUGGGCAUCUUCCCCAGGAGCCGUGCCUGUGACGAGUCCCUAUACAAGGAGAUGUACUACAACAGCCAGAACGGCUUCGUGAGGGAGGAGGCCAACGGCUCGAGCAUCACUUAUAUGGGAGACCACCUGAUCGUCAAGGCUACCAUGUCCCCCGUGGGUAGAGCCAUCAUGAAGGUGGAGGUGUGGGAUAAGGUGGUCGUCCCUGCCACCAAGUAGACUGACUGGUGAAGAAUAAAUGUCAUGGCAGCCAGGCAAUUAAAGCAUUGUGCCAUAUAUGCUCACUGUUGUCAGAUGGUCAAGGGAAUUAAACAAUAAACGAUUAAACAUGUGCUGUGUGUCAUCGCAUCUUUACUUCAGCUUACUGAGCAGGCCCCAGCUCAACAAAGUCCUGUCUGAAACUUUAGGAAUUCUUUAUG